AUGGCAAAUAUUUGGGGGGAACAAAGGAUGAAAUAUAAAGAAAGCGGUCAGCAUAUUAAAAGAAUACUAAAUGACUUAGCAGAAAUGAACAAUGACACGAGUGCAUGCUUCAGUGCAGGACCAGCCGAUUCAGACAAUUUGCUUAUAUGGAAAGCAACGAUUUUUGGACCAGAGGGUACACCGUACGAAGGCGGUUCGUUUGAAUUUGACAUUGCAUUCCCGUUGAACUAUCCGUACGCCCCUCCAAAGGUAAGAGUGUGCACAAAGAUAUUCCACUGCAACAUAAAAGACACCCACAUAUGUUUAGAUAUUAUAGGCAAGGAGUGGUCAUCUGCUUUAACCAUAUCAAAGGUUCUGCUGUCAAUUACUUCCCUGUUAGCAGACCCAAAUCCACUGGAUCCAUUAGACACUAACAUAUCUAAGUUAUACAAUGAAAACAAGGCAGAGUAUAUGAGAAUAGCACGGGAGUGGACACAGAAGUACGCCAUGCUAUAAAAAGAUUAAAUAGACGUACAUUGAUAAUUUGUGUUUGAUAUUUU